AUGCUGCCCGUCCUCGCCUCGCCUGCGCUCGCCGCCGGCGCUCUCGGAGCCGCGCUGCCGCCACCCUGCCUGUGCAUCUUUGACGUGGAUCGGACGCUGACCGCUCAGCAGGGCAGCGCAGGGCGAUGUGCUGGCACCGAGGAGCAGGGCGGCGUCGUUGACACCGCAUACGGAGGCGGCACGCUCGUCCUCUCCGACCUCGCCGUGAACCUCCACACAACCAUUUGCGCCGCCUGCCGAUUUGCGAUCAUCUCAGCUGGCCCAGCCGGCGGCGAGGGCUCGCUCGAGCGCACAGCGCUGUGGCGCGUGCUCGGCGGGGGGGCGAAGGCGGGAACAAUGCCGGCCUGGACUGCAUGGCCAAACCGGGAUGGCCGCUCGCCGUUUGUGGUAACAGCUCCCGAGGGCCGCAAGCAGGAGGCGGUGCCCGGCAUCCUGCGCUGGUACGAGCGAGAGCGCCGCACCAGCAUCGAUGCAUCGGCCGUGUACUUCUUCGACGACAAGCCCAACAACGUGCGUCCCUUCGUGGGCAGCGGCUACCACGCGCGGCAGCCGCCCCUACGACCGCCGCCUCCGUCGUCGCGGCUCCAGCCUCGCCGCUGCACCGUCGCCGUGGUUGGCUCGUCCGUGGCUGCUGGGCUGCAGGCGGCGCCUUCCCCGACCACAGGCGAGAGGCCUCUUGGGUGGGCGGGGCGGCUACGGACGGCUCUCGCGGACCCACGCCACGGACUCGUCCUCUCCAACUCUGCCGUGCCCGGCGCCACCGUCGCCACGACGGCGCCGGUGCUGGCUGCGCUGCUCUCCGGGCCCGAGGUCCCCGGCACGGUCGUCAUCGGGCUGUCCCUCGCCAACGAGGGCCUCGCCAGCGCCGGCUCAGAGGCUGCGGCCCGCCAGCUCGCCGACGGCUUCCUGCUCGGGCUGCACGAGCUCGCCUCGAGCGCGGAGCGCGCCGGCGCGUCGGUGGUGCUCGGCGGGGUCUACCCGAAUGAUGACUUGGACCUGACCCAGACGCGCGAGCUGCGCCGCACGCAUGCUCGCAUGGCCGCGUGGCGGUGGCCCGUGAUCAACUUCCUCGAACGGACAGAGGCCGGCGCGGGCCAAUCGCCGCUCGCGCACUGGCAGCCGAGGAUGCGGGCGGACGCAUGGCACCCGAACGAGGAGGGCCACGCUGCAAUGUUUGACGCCAUCAACCUGCGGCUCUUCUUGCAGCCCGCCGGCUGCGGACACGGCCGGCCGCCGCUCUUGCCGCCCGCCCCGCCCACGUUUCCGCCGCUCCAGCCACACCUCGAAUUGAAGCCGCACCCGCCUCGCACGCCGCCACGCUCGCCGCCUCGCCCGCCGACGUCACCAUCGCCGUCGCCGCCCGAGUCGCCUCCUGCCGGGCCCACGCUCUUGGCGGCACGGGUACGGGCACGGGUAGAGUAUGGCGCCGCCGCCCUGGCUGCCGAGGCUGCGGCGGCUGCGGCCGCCGACGCAGUCGAGAAGGGCCUCGCGCCCGAGGUGGCGGCCACGGCGGCCGAGGCGGCAUCUGCCGCGGCGGCGAAGGCGCUCGAGGAGGACGUGGCGCCCGAGGCUGCCAAGGCUGCGGCUGCUGCUGCCGCCGACGCAGUCGAGAAGGGCCUCGCGCCCGAGGAGGCGGCGAAUGCGGGCGAGGCGGCGUCUGCUGCGGCGGCGAAGGCGCUCGAGGAGGACGUGGCGCCCGAGGCUGCCAAGGCUGCGGCAGCUGCUGCCGCCGACGCAGUCGAGAAGGGCCUCGCGCCCGAGGAGGCGGCCACGGCGGCCGAGGCGGCGUCUGCUGCGGCGGCGAAGGCGCUCGAGGAGGACGUGGCGCCCGAGGCUGCCGAGGCUGCGGCGGCUGCUGCCGCCGACGCAGUCGAGAAGGGCCUCGCGCCCGAGGAGGCGGCCACGGCGGCCGAGGCGGCGUCUGCUGCGGCGGCGAAGGCGCUCGAGGAGGACGUGGCGCCCGAGGCUGCCGAGGCUGCGGCGGCUGCUGCCGCCGACGCAGUCGAGAAGGGCCUCGCGCCCGAGGAGGCGGCGGCGGCGGCCGAGGCGGCGUCUGCUGCGGCGGCGAAGGCGCUCGAGGAGGACGUGGCGCCCGAGGCUGCCAAGGCUGCGGCGGCUGCGGCCGCCGACGCAGUCGAGAAGGGCCUCGCGCCCGAGGAGGCGGCCACGGCGGCCGAGGCGGCGUCUGCUGCGGCGGCGAAGGCGCUCGAGGAGGACGUGGCGCCCGAGGCUGCCGAGGCUGCGGCGGCUGCGGCCGCCGACGCAGUCGAGAAGGGCCUCGCGCCCGAGGAGGCGGCCACGGCGGCCGAGGCGGCGUCUGCUGCGGCGGCGAAGGCGCUCGAGGAGGACGUGGCGCCCGAGGCUGCCAAGGCUGCGGCGGCUGCUGCCGCCGACGCAGUCGAGAAGGGCCUCGCGCCCGAGGUGGCGGCGACGGCGGGCGAGGCGGCGUCUGCUGCGGCGGCGAAGGCGCUCGAGGAGGACGUGGCGCCCGAGGCUGCCAAGGCUGCGGCGGCUGCUGCCGCCGACGCAGUCGAGAAGGGCCUCGCGCCCGAGGUGGCGGCGACGGCGGCCGAGGCUGCGUCUGCUGCGGCGGCGAAGGCGCUCGAGGAGGACGUGGCGCCCGAGGCUGCCGAGGCUGCGGCGGCUGCUGCCGCCGACGCAGUCGAGAAGGGCCUCGCGCCCGAGGUGGCGGCAACGGCGGGCGAGGCGGCGUCUGCUGCGGCGGCGAAGGCGCUCGAGGAGGACGUGGCGCCCGAGGCUGCCAAGGCUGCGGCGGCUGCUGCCGCCGACGCAGUCGAGAAGGGCCUCGCGCCCGAGGAGGCGGCGACGGCGGCCGAGGCGGCGUCUGCUGCGGCGGCGAAGGCGCUCGAGGAGGACGUGGCGCCCGAGGCUGCCGAGGCUGCGGCGGCUGCGGCCGCCGACGCAGUCGAGAAGGGCCUCGCGCCCGAGGUGGCGGCCACGGCGGCCGAGGCGGCGUCUGCUGCGGCGGCGAAGGCGCUCGAGGACGACGUGGCGCCCGAGGCUGCCAAGGCUGCGGCAGCUGCUGCCGCCGACGCAGUCGAGAAGGGCCUCGCGCCCGAGGAGGCGGCCGUGGCGGCGCUGAAGGAUGCCAUCGCUGCGGCGGAGGACUACGCGGCUGCGGCGUCGCUCAAGACGGAGCUCGAGGCGGCGAAGCAAGAGGCCGCCGCCGCCGCCGCAGUGAGCCAGCUGCAGGCGGCCAAGCGGGGGGCCAUCGCGGCGGCGGACUACGCCGCCGCCGCCACCCUGAAGAAGGAGCUCGACGCCAUCCCCACCACCGCCGCCUCCGCCUCCGCCUCCGCCUCCGCCUCCGCCGAGGCUGCCGAGGCGGCGUCUGCUGCGGCGGCGAAGGCGCUCGAGGAGGACGUGGCGCCCGAGGCUGCCAAGGCUGCGGCGGCUGCUGCCGCCGACGCAGUCGAGAAGGGCCUCGCGCCCGAGGAGGCGGCCACGGCGGCCGAGGCGGCGUCUGCUGCGGCGGCGAAGGCGCUCGAGGAGGACGUGGCGCCCGAGGCUGCCGAGGCUGCGGCGGCUGCUGCCGCCGACGCAGUCGAGAAGGGCCUCGCGCCCGAGGAGGCGGCGGCGGCGGCCGAGGCGGCGUCUGCCGCGGCGGCGAAGGCGCUCGAGGAGGACGUGGCGCCCGAGGCUGCCGAGGCUGCGGCGGCUGCUGCCGCCGACGCAGUCUUGAAGGGCCUCGCGCCCGAGGAGGCCGCCGCGGCGGGCGAGGCGGCGUCUGCUGCGGCGGCGAAGGCGCUCGAGGAGGACGUGGCGCCCGAGGCUGCCAAGGCUGCGGCGGCUGCUGCCGCCGACGCAGUCGAGAAGGGCCUCGCGCCCGAGGUGGCGGCGACGGCGGCCGAGGCGGCGUCUGCUGCGGCGGCGAAGGCGCUCGAGGAGGACGUGGCGCCCGAGGCUGCCGAGGCUGCGGCGGCUGCUGCCGCCGACGCAGUCGAGAAGGGCCUCGCGCCCGAGGAGGCGGCGACGGCGGCCGAGGCGGCGUCUGCUGCGGCGGCGAAGGCGCUCGAGGAGGACGUGGCGCCCGAGGCUGCCAAGGCUGCGGCGGCUGCUGCCGCCGACGCAGUCGAGAAGGGCCUCGCGCCCGAGGUGGCCGCCACGGCGGCCGAGGCGGCGUCUGCUGCGGCGGCGAAGGCGCUCGAGGAGGACGUGGCGCCCGAGGCUGCCAAGGCUGCGGCGGCUGCUGCCGCCGACGCAGUCUUGAAGGGCCUCGCGCCCGAGGAGGCCGCCGCGGCGGGCGAGGCGGCGUCUGCUGCGGCGGCGAAGGCGCUCGAGGAGGACGUGGCGCCCGAGGCUGCCGAGGCUGCGGCGGCUGCUGCCGCCGACGCAGUGGAGAAGGGCCUCGCGCCCGAGGAGGCGGCCGCGGCGGCCGAGGCGGCGUCUGCCGCGGCGGCGAAGGCGCUUGAGGAGGACGUGGCGCCCGAGGCUGCCGAGGCUGCGGCGGCUGCUGCCGCCGACGCAGUCGAGAAGGGCCUCGCGCCCGAGGAGGCGGCGACGGCGGCCGAGGCGGCGUCUGCUGCGGCGGCGAAGGCGCUCGAGGAGGACGUGGCGCCCGAGGCUGCCGAGGCUGCGGCGGCUGCUGCCGCCGACGCAGUCGAGAAGGGCCUCGCGCCCGAGGAGGCGGCGACGGCGGGCGAGGCGGCGUCUGCUGCGGCGGCGAAGGCGCUCGAGGAGGACGUGGCGCCCGAGGCUGCCGAGGCUGCGGCGGCUGCUGCCGCCGACGCAGUCGAGAAGGGCCUCGCGCCCGAGGUGGCGGCCACGGCGGCCGAGGCGGCGUCUGCUGCGGCGGCGAAGGCGCUCGAGGAGGACGUGGCGCCCGAGGCUGCCAAGGCUGCGGCGGCUGCUGCCGCCGACGCAGUCGAGAAGGGCCUCGCGCCCGAGGAGGCGGCCACGGCGGCCGAGGCGGCGUCUGCUGCGGCGGCGAAGGCGCUCGAGGACGACGUGGCGCCCGAGGCUGCCGAGGCUGCGGCGGCUGCUGCCGCCGACGCAGUCGAGAAGGGCCUCGCGCCCGAGGAGGCGGCCACGGCGGCCGAGGCGGCGUCUGCUGCGGCGACGAAGGCUCUCGAGGAGGAGGUGGCGCCCGAGGCUGCCAAGGCUGCUGCGUCCGCCGACGCAGUCGAGGAGGGGAGUAAAGAUGCUGAUCUUAUCAACAAAAUCAUCAGUGGCCUCGCGCCCGAGGAGGCGGCCACGGCGGCCGAGGCGGCGUCUGCUGCGGCGGCGAAGGCGCUCGAGGAGGACGUGGCGCCUGAGGCUGCCGAGGCUGCGGCGGCGGCUGCCGCCGACGCAGUCGAGAAGGGCCUCGCGCCUGAGGAGGCAACAGAGGCGGUCGAGGCGGCCGCUGCUGCGAAGGCGAAGGCGCUUGGGCACGACCUCACCCCUGAAGCCGUCUCGGCACUUGCGAUCGCCACCGUUGGUGCGCUUGACAAGGGCCUCACCUCCGAGGAGGUAGCCAAGGCUGCUCUACUUGCGGCCGCAGCGGCUCCAUCGCUCCCUCCUUGCGGGCCUGGCCUUGUCACCAUCAAGGAGAUGAAGGAGGUCAUGAGCAAAUGGACCCACAGCGAAGAAAACAAGGUCCAGGGUGAGGCGAAAAUCCUGAAGCUUCUCAUCAACAAUCACUACGUCGCCCCUUACGAGUUCAUAAGCGCGAAAUGGUCCGCUGUCUCUGAGGACGGGAGGCAUUACUCGGCCACCUACACCGCCAGAGCGUCGUGCAAGACGCCCGAGUGUCUAGCGGCAAACCCCACAUGGAAGGAGAAGAUUGUAGUCCCGCUUGGCGAGGCCGAGUUUGAUGUCUGUGUAGAAGAUGCGGCGACUAAGGCUGCCAAGGCGGCAGCUGCCGAACGGUCGCUUCCCGUUCAGCCAUGUGAGGACACUUUGACCACUGGCGGAUGCGGGAGAUCUGCUCUCACGUACAACUUCAAUGGGGUGGACUACACCACGUGCGAGGGCUUUGGAGUCGACUUGAAAAAGGCGCUGGAGCCCUUCGGGGAUCGAGGAGUGCCAUACGACCAAUGCUCGAACGACACGCCCUUCGGGAAAAGCGUCCAAAGGUGCUGCAGAGCAUCGUGUGGGCUUUGCAUACCCGGGCUCAAUCUCCUCGACGCGCAAACCGCUGCCCUCUCCUCUUUGCUAUCAUCGCCCUCGCCGUCCCCCUCGGCACCGGCACCAGCAUCGGCAUCAUCGCCUUCCGACCUGUUGGUCGGCGAGACGACUGGUGGAGAGGCCGUUGGCACCGCCUGCGACGCGUGCGAGACGAUCGUGGACUAUUUGGAGCAGGCCGGCUUUCCUGCCGCCGCCGCGACAGUCUGGGAGCUCAACGCGGAGGACUGCGAGGCCUCUUGGGAUGUGGACGACCCCGACGCCUGGCAGCCUCCGUCGAGCCUUGAUGAGGCGACCGCUGCGUGCGGAGAGGCGAUUCGAGAGCUUGAUUCUGGCGAGGCCGGGGAGCUGGGCGUCUACUCUGGCUACUUCUACUACGCUAAGUCGAACCCGGAGUAG